GCUUUUGUCGGUGUGGGACGGGGAGGGGACGGGGGACGAGGAUGGGGACGGCACUCGGCUCCAUGGGGCCGUCGGUGGCGGCGGUCGGGAUCCGCGAGGAGGGGAACGAGCUCUGCGCUCUGGCCUCGCGGGCUCGGGACCGGGGAGCGACUGUCCCGCUGCACCGACCCGAGCCGAGCCGGGCGCUGCGGCCUCUCGGCCCCCGACGGCAGCGCCUCGACGAGCGGCCGCCCCGCAUCCUUCCGUGCGCUCCUCCCUCCCUUCCUCCCUCCCUCCCUUCCUUCCUGUCUCGCUGCUUGCUCAGUGCCGGACCUCGCGCCCCCUGGAGCCGGCGGGGACCCGGCGGACCCCCCGAGGACCGUGAGCCCCGGCUGUGCCACGGGCGGGACGCGGGGCUGACGGCGGUAUUUGCUGUGCAGGCGGCGUGCGGGGCACAGUGCGGGACACAGCGCGGCCCCGGGAUGUCCCAGCUGCACACCGUCACUCUACGAGUCCCUGAGAGCACCGAGAGCGAUGGGCAGGAGCCGAGCCCGGACAACGAGGGAGCCCUGCACAGCUCCUUCUGCCAGCUCAUCGAGGAGCAGAGCAGCCUGGUGGCAGGGGCAAUAGAAAUGGAGCUGCAGGAGAGGGGCAGAGAGCCCCCAGCUCUCAUGGACCCCAUGGCCAUUACUGGGCUGGAGCCUGAGCAGGGUGAGCAGCACCCCGGCUAUGCCACCACCCUGCGCAUCCUGGCCAGCAUGCCCAGCCGCACCAUUGGGCGCUGCCGUGGGGCCAUUAUCUCUCAGUACUACAACCGCACGGCACGGCUGCGGCGGAGGAGCAGCCGCCCAUCCCUGCAGCAGCUCAGCCGUACGGCACGGCCCAGCCUGCGUCAGUACGACCUGGAGAGCGACCCGGCCCAUGCCACACUGGCAGACAAGCGGAACCUGCUGGCAAAGGAGCUGCUGAGCCUCACACCUGCACAACGCAGCCGCAUGCUGCUGGAACUGCCCCUCAGCCUGGGGGAGAAGCGCAGCCUCCGGAGGCAGCUGAGCCAGAAGACGAGCAUCCCGGAGCUACGUGCCCGCUCUGCAGACCUCACCUCUCGCUGUUCAUGGUGCCAGGACUGCGUCGUGCUUGGCUGCCGGACUGUCUGGUACAGGUUCCUGGCACUGGUCCACUCCGCACAGCCUUGGCACUACGCCUUGAAGCAGAUCGGUGGCCGCUUUGGUUCCAGCGUGCUCUCCUAUUUCCUCUUCCUCAAGACACUCUUGCUGUUCAAUUUCUUCUCCUUCCUUCUCCUCCUGGUUUUUGUGGUGGCCCUGCAGGCUGCCUAUCCCCCCGCUGCAGCCAACCCCCGUCCCUUCACCGGCCUCGAGCUCCUCACCGGAGCAGGCUCCUUCACUCACUCACUGCUGUACUACGGCUACUACAGUAACACCACCCUGAACAACCCCUCCACCUCCAGCCCCAAUGGCAGCACAAGCCCCCCCAGAACCACCCAGCUCCCAUACAACAUGCCACUGGCCUACAUGUUCACCGUUGGGGCUUCCUUCUUUGCCACCUGCAUCCUGCUGAUGUACAGCAUGUACCACUCCUUUGGGAAGAGCUACCGCGUGGGCAGCUCCACGGGGGUCCUGGCCAUCAAAAUCUUCUGUGCGUGGGACUUCAAGGUGGUGCAGCGGCGUUCGGUGAAGCUGCAAAGCGAGAACAUCUGCACUCAACUGAAGGAGCUGCUGGCAGAGCAGCGGUUGCGCUCCUGCCCAUUGAGCCUCCCCCGGCGGCUGCGACACAUCACUGUGUUCCUGCUGGCCUGGCUCCUCGCACUGGGCACCGUGCUGGGCUGCGUGGUGGCUGUGUAUUACUUCUCAGAGCACAUGCACAAGGUGCAGCAGGAACAGGGAGCUGCAGCAGGGAGUGCAUGGCAGCAGGAGGGCAUCCUGCUGGCCCUGCCGCUCAUCGUGUCACUCCUCAAUAUACUGAUGCCCCACUUCUACAACCUGCUGGCAGCGUGGGAGAAGCAGGAUUCCCCAGGGGCAGAGGUCUACGUGGCCAUCUGCAGGAACCUUCUGCUGAAGAUGGUGGUCCUUGGUUUGCUCUGCUACCAGUGGCUGAGCCGCAGAGUGGUCUGCUCUGCCAAGGAGUGCUGGGAGACGUGUGUGGGGCAGGACCUGUAUCGCUUCGUGGUGAUGGACUUCAUAUUCACCCUGCUGGAUACUGGCUUUGGGGAGCUGCUUUGCAGGCUGAUUCUGGAGAAGAAGCUAAAGAGUAAGCAGAGGCCUGAGUUUGACAUUGCCCGAAACGUGUUGGAGCUCAUCUAUGGGCAGACCCUGACCUGGCUGGGCGUUCUCUUUGCACCACUCCUGCCAGCAGUGCAAGUGCUGAAGCUGCUGCUGCUCUUCUACAUCAAAAAGACCAGCCUGAUGCAGAACUGCCAGUCCCCCAGCAAACCCUGGCAAGCAUCUCAUAUGCGUACUGUCUUCAUCACGCUCCUCUUCCUCCCGUCCUUCUUGGGUGCAGCGAUCUUCGUCUCUUACACCAUCUGGUCGGUGAAGCCAUCAGAAACCUGUGGCCCCUUCCGGGGGCUUCAAACCAUCUACCAAACGCUGAAGGUCUGGGUGGAGCUGCUGGAGGAGUCCAACCCCAACAUCGCCUUGUUCAGCUGGAUCCCCCAGUACCUGGUGGAGAACACCGUCUUCCUGUUCUUUCUCACUGGGAUGGUGCUAGCUGCCAUCUACCUCAACAUCCAGGUGUUGAAAGGGCAGCGCCGGAUCAUCCGCCUGCUGAAGGAGCAGAUUGCCAACGAAGGGGCGGAUAAAAUAUUCCUCAUUCAGAAGAUUCGCUCCAUCUAUGACCAUAAGGUGCACUGUGCUUGAUGCCAGUGCCACGGACCCAAGAAGGAGCAGGGCAGAACGGGACAGCUCACCAGCAGGAACCGGAGCCAGCAGCCGCGUGGCAUUGCCCUCUGAGCAGAGAACUGCUGAGCCUGCAAGUGCUCUCUUAAAGCAGCCCAGAACUGCCUGGAAGUGCUGCAGCACAGAGAUAAGGAGCACAGGAGCACAGCCCUGCUGCCCUGUCCCAGCACAGCUCCGUGGAGACUGGUUUGCACACAUAGCUGUGUUUACAAACAACUUUCUUUCAUGCAAACUGCCCGGAAAGCAGCACCUUGCAGCCCGUUGGAAUGGAAGCAGUGAAGUUUUCUGCCUCGAGAAGGAAACCAUGUUGUGUGCAGUGAGCAGGGCUGUGCGGCAGGAGGAGCUCAGAAAGAACACGUCAUCCCCAGCGAUGGGUGGGCGGAGAACAAAAAGGCUGUUUGGGGCCAUCACCUCGGAAAUAACCAUUAAAUGCCCCGUCUGGGGCCACAACACGA